UUGACUUUCAAACGCUUUCUACUUUCGAGUUCUCACUCUCAGAUCGGGCUCUCUCUUUUCUCAGGCGGCGCCUUUCGAUCUUCCCCUCUCUAGUCUCGACUCAGUCGCUGUCUCAUCUCCGUCGGCCGUCCAUCAGCGCAUCAGUCUCGAUUGCUUCGUGCGAUGGCACCACCCAACAACACAUUGGGAAUGGAGUUCGAGGUGUUCCUGAGUUUCAGGGGACCGGAUACUCGGGACAACUUUACUAGUUGCCUCUAUCAUGACAUGGUCGAGAAAGGAAUCCGCGUCUUCAAAGAUGACGAAGAGCUCCGAGUCGGUGAGCAGAUUGGUGGAAACCUUCUGCGAGCCCUUGAUGACACUCAAAUCUAUAUUCCCAUCUUCUCUAAGGGCUUCGCUUCCAGUGUAUGGUGCCUCCGUGAGGUUGUGCAUAUGGUAGAUUGCACUUCAAAGUCGAAUGGGAAGAAAGAGAUCCUCCCCCUUUUCUUUGAUGUGAAGCCGGAUGAUGUCAAGCUCAGAACUAUAUUGUACAGUAAUGCCUUGUCUGAGCAUGAGAAGAAGUAUGGCCCCGAUGAGGUGAAGCGCUGGAAGGCUGCUCUUCGUGAGGUUGCAACUAGACUAGGUUGGAAGCGGGAAGGAAAAGAGUAUGGGGAACUUAUAAAAUUAAUUGUUCGAGAGGUUCAACUUAAGCUAAAAGUGAAGAACAGAUCUCUUCCUAACCAUCUAGUUGAAGUGGAUGAUCAACAGGAUAUAGAAGAAUUGUUGGAUGCUCACUUUGAUGGCGUGCGUUUUGUUAUAAUACAUGGGACUGGUGGCAUUGGUAAAUCAACUCUUGCUAAGGUUAUCUUCAACCGAUUUUUGUCUAAGUUCAGUUACUCUAGUUUCCUUGAAGAUGUCCAAGAUCAUGGUCUUUUAGAAGUGCAAAAGAAAAUGUUAUCCGAUAUACUGGGCUCAAGCUCUACUGAUGGAAUCAAUGACACCAAUGAAGGGAUCAAUGGCAUAAGAAGGGGACUUAGCAGCAAGAGAGUUUUGGUUGUUAUUGAUAAUGUGGACGAAAGAGACAACUUGAGACCCUUGCGGGGAGCUAUGAUUGGUUUGGUUCUGGAAGUAGGAUCAUAGUCACAAUUAGGGACAUACGCAUAGUGCUAAAUGAGGACAAACAAGCCCGACCAAACAAUUACUUGGCUCACCCAGUAAAUGAGAUGCCUUUGGAUCGAGCGAUUUUGCUUUUCAGCAGACAUGCAUUUAGAAGUGAU